AUGUUUGACUACAUCUUUCGUCUUUUGACUAGGUUAUCGGGAGGAAAGUCGCGCAGGGAGGAAACAGCCAUGGUCGGCGCAGGCCUCCAAAUCACCCCCAACGCUUCCCGUCUCUUCCACCACUGGCGCCUUCCCUCAUCACUCUGGAAAUCCGCCGCCGAACCAACAGCCCUAACCGUCCACAAAUACACCGGCCAAGUCCUCGCCCACGAAGACCAAUUCCACACCAACAUCCGCUCGAAAUACCAAGCCCCCUUCAUCGACCUCCACCGCGUCGACCUCCAACAAGCGCUCUUCGCCCGCGCCCAAGACCUCGGCGUGAAAUUCCACCUCAACGAGCGCGUUGACCGCCUCGAUUUCGACUCCACCACGGUCUACACGCUCUCCGGGAAGACCUACAGUGGGGACCUCAUUGUCGCGGCGGACGGGCUGUGGUCGAAAUGUCGGGAAUGUUUCGAGGGGAAGAAGGACGAUCCCUUGCCGACGGGGGAUUUGGCGUAUCGGAUUGUGCUCAGGGCGGAGGAGAUCACGGAUCCGAAACUGAGGGCUUGGGUUGAGAACCCGGAGUGUCAUUUUUGGGUUGGGCCGGGCGCGCAUGCGGUAGCUUAUUCGUUGCGUGGAGGGAACAUGUUUAAUAUUGUGCUUCUUGUUCCGGAUAAUUUGCCCCCUGGGGUGUCGAGACAGGAGGGCAGUGUGGAGGAGAUGAGGGCGCUUUUUGAGGGGUGGGAUCCUGUAUGGCGCGUCUAG